AAUAGUUUAUCUUCUAUCUUUUCUAUAACUUAGUUUCAUUAUUACCCUCUUUUUUUUGUUUGAAAUCUUUUUUCUUUGCAAUGGCUAAAAAUGUUGCUCAAUCUACUACCCUGGCUUCACUUGACCAAAAGCUAGCCUUGGCAAAGCGCUGCUCUCAUGAGGGAGUAGUUGCCGGAGCUAAGGCAGCCGUUGUUGCUAGCAUUGCCACUGCCAUUCCAACUCUGGCUAGCGUAAGGAUGCUGCCCUGGGCAAGAGCCAAUCUUAAUCACACUGCACAAGCUCUCAUAAUCUCCACAGUGGCUGGAGCUGCCUAUUUUAUAGUUGCAGACAAGACUGUUUUGGCUACAGCUCGGAAGAACUCUUUCAAGCAUGUCCCUAACAUGGAGGCAUGAAUUUGAGUUGAUCUAGAUUUAAACUCGGCUUGUAC